AUGACAUUCAUUGCCUCGACGCCAUCCGAACACGAGCAUGCCUAUCUCGCGUCUCUGAGCGCGCCCGCACCCGCGUCGUCGGCCCUCACGCCUGCAGUGCACCUGGGCUCGGAGCUGCACGAGUUCUUCCGCCUGUGCGCGCUGCCAUGGGUGUCAGACUUCCUGUUCAACGAGGAGAUGGACUCGCUCCCGGUCCUGACCGCGCCGGCGAACAUGCGCAGCGCCAUCUCGUGCACCAUCCAGAUGACCAACGUGGAGGCCCCGUCGCCCGGCGACAACCUGUUCGACACCCACCUCUCCGGCGUCGCCCUCUUCGUCCCCGCCUUCUCCAUCGCGUCCAUCAGCGUCGGCUUCGGCGUCCAGGAGUGCCACCUGCAAUCCUUCUCUGACUGGGGCACCCGCUCCGGCCUCUUCGACGAGCCCGACCUCAUGCACCUGCGCUACGUGCGCGACGACGCCACCGGCGCCCUCAUCAUCGCCUACAAGGAUCCGCACACAAACCUCUUCAAAGUCGAGUCCAUGGUCCAGGCCUCCACCACCACGCGCCGCCGCGUCUACGCCAUCUUCGACCUCGACCACUUCCGCGCCGCCGUCAACGCAGAGUACUGCUCCUUCCGCCCAUCCCUCGUCGCGAACGCCCUCAAGUUUCUCUGCUCCUCCGUCGAGACGAGACACUGCCCCAAGUGCGCCGCCCCGCCGUCCGCCGCCUGCCACUGCCCGCUGGGGCUUAAGCUCCCCAGCCACUCCCUGGAUUUCUCCACCGUCGCCAAUAACAUGGUCUCGUUUACUGGCGCAUUCGAGGGCGUCACCAGAAGCGCUGUCUUCAACGACGGCAUCGAGCUCCAGGCCGCCAACUUGGGGUGUGUCAUUAAUAUCGACGGAUGCAUCGGUAACGAUUUGAUCGACCGCUUGAGUCGCUGGGCCAUCUCCGACCAACUCACGGACAAGAAGGGGUGCCCCACCGCCCUCAUCAUGCCACCGUCUGGCACAGAUGACGCGGAAACCACUGCCGAUAUGGUCAUCGAUACCGACAAUCUUGCCCAGGUGUCGGCUGCACUCUCAUAUGUCGCUCCUCCUCCCCCUCCCCCCGCCGUCGACUUAUUCGCAAAGGGCACCAGCAGCUGCUCGUCCGGGUCAGGCAUGCUCAUCACAGAGAGCCUGGACGACCCGCCACCGCUGCUUGUACCGGAGCGGGCCCCGCCCACCGCCUCCCAGAUCUUCGAGACCGCCGCGCAAGCGCCACCACCGACCGCUCAUGGCACCUUGGACUUCGUCGACGAAAUCACAGGCCAGGCGCAAGUAUCGGACAGCUUCUUCAACCCGUCGGAGCCCUCCACCCCAGCGGAGGAGUCUAUGUCGAGCGGCAGCGCGGGUAUGUCGGUCAUAGCCCCGUCGGCGGCGAUUUUCGACACGCAGCCUGUUGUCAUCGGCGCGACGUUGCGAAACAAGGCGAUAGCACCGUCGGCGCCAGUGCAAGUGAGCAAGGAGACGAUGCAGAGCGAAAAGGAAUUGCGGGCGCAGUUGAGAAAACAGAGAAAUAGAGAGGCUGCUCAGCGCAGCAACAUGAAACGCAAGUUUAAAAACGAUACGCUGAAACAGGCGUUAAGGGACGUGCAUUCGAGGGCGGCACAACUGAGGGCCAGGGAACUGCAACUGCGGGAAGAGAACCUCGAGCUGAGAAAGUUGAUGUCGCCAUAAGUUGUAUUUGCGUUUGUAAUUUCUCUUGUACAUAGGAAGAAGCGAUUAAGUAUGGUACAUUUGUAAAGCUCUCUAA